UGCUACACUUUCAAAAGUUGAAGAAGAGAAAUUAGAGAUUGCGUCUCCUGAUCGGUCCAAAGAAGUAAAGGAAUUGAAACUUGAAGAAACCGUGCCUCAGAUAGGCGAAAUUUCGGAAGUAACUAAAGAAAAUAUCGAGCAAAAAGAAAUAGUUUCUCCAAAGGCUAUCGGAAGCACAGAAACAUCGAAAGCGGAACUCGCAGAAAUUUCAAAAAUUGAAAAAGAGCAAUUAGAGGUUGUUCAUUUGGAUGAACCAAAGGAGGCUAAAACAAUGAAACCUAAUGAAAUUGCACCUCAGGUGGGCGAAGUCUCCGAAGUAACUCCAGGAUCUAUCGAGCAAAAGGAAACGAUUGUGCCUAAGAGUAUUGAAACCGCGAAGAUACCGGAAGCGGAAGUUGCUACACUUUCAAAAGUUGAAGAAGAGAAAUUAGAGAUUGCCUCUCCUGAUCAGUCCAAAGAAGUAAAGGAAUUGAAACUUGAAGAAACCGUGCCUCAGAUAGGCGAAAUUUCGGAAAUAACUAAAGAAAAUAUCGAGCAAAAAGAAAUAGUUUCUCCAAAGGCUAUCGGAAGCACAGAAACGCCGAAGCCGGAACUCGCAGAGAUUUCAAAAAUUGAAAAAGAGCAAUUAGAAGUCGUUCAUUUGGAUGAACCAAAGGAGGCUAAAACAAUGAAACCUAAUGAAAUUGCACCUCAGGUGGGCGAAGUCUCCGAAGUAACUCCAGGAUCUAUCGAUCAAAAGGAAAUGGUUGUGCCUACGAGUAUUGAAACCGCGAAGGUACCGGAAGCGGAAGUUGCUACACUUUCAAAAGUUGAAGAAGAGAAAUUAGAGAUUGCCUCUCCUGAUCAGUCCAAAGAAGUAAAGGAAUUGAAACUUGAAGAAACCGUGCCUCAGAUAGGCGAAAUUUCGGAAGUAACUAAAGAAAAUAUCGAGGAAAAAGGAAUAGUUUCUCCAAAGGCUAUCGGAAGCACAGAAACACCGAAAGCGGAACUCGCAGAAAUUUCAAAAAUUGAAAAAGAGCAAUUAGAGGUCGUUCAUUUGGAUGAACCAAAGGAGGCUAAAACAAUGAAACCUGAUGAAGUCACACCUCAAGUAGGCGAAGCCUCCGAAGUAACCACAGGAUCUAUCGAGCAAAAGGAAAUGGUUGUGCCUAAGAGUAUUGAAACCGCGAAGGUACUGGAAGCGGAAGUUGCUACACUUUCAAAAGUUGAAGAAGAGAAAUUAGAGAUUGCCUCUCCUGAUCAGUCCAAAGAAGUAAAGGAAUUGAAACUUGAAGAAACCGUGCCUCAGAUAGGCGAAAUUUCUGAAGUAACUAAAGAAAAUAUCGAGCAAAAAGAAAUAGUUUCUCCAAAGGCUAUCGGAAGCACAGAAACACCGAAAGCGGAACUCGCAGAAAUUUCAAAAAUUGAAAAAGAGCAAUUAGAGGUCGUUCAUUUGGAUGAACCAAAGGAGACUAAAACAAUGAAACGUAAUGAAAUUGCACCUCAGGUGGGCGAAGUCUCCGAAGUAACUCCAGGAUCUAUCGAGCAAAAGGAAAUGGUUGUGCCUAAGAGUAUUGAAACCACGAAGGUACCGGAAGCGGAAGUUGCUACACUUUCAAAAGUUGAAGAAGAGAAAUUAGAGAUUGCGUCUCCUGAUCAGUCCAAGGAAGUAAAGGAAUUGAAACUUGAAGAAACCAUGCCUCAGAUAGGCGAAAUUUCGGAAGUAACUAAAAAAAAUAUCGAGCAAAAAGAAAUAGUUUCUCCAAAGGCUAUCGGAAGCACAGAAACAUCGAAAGCGGAACUCGCAGAAAUUUCAAGAAUUGAAAAAGAGCAAUUAGAGGUCGUUCAUUUGGAUGAACCAAAGGAGGCUAAAACAAUGAAACCUGAUGAAGUCACACCUCAAGUAGGCGAAGCCUCCGACGUAACCACAGGAUCUAUCGAGCAAAAGGAAAUGGUUGUGCCUAAGAGUAUUGAAACCGCGAAGGUACUGGAAGCGGAAGUUGCUACACUUUCAAAAGUUGAAGAAGAGAAAUUAGAGAUUGCGUCUCCUGAUCAGUCCAAGGAAGUAAAGGAAUUGAAACUUGAAGAAACCAUGCCUCAGAUAGGCGAAAUUUCGGAAGUAACUAAAGAAAAUAUCGAGCAAAAAGAAAUAGUUUCUCCAAAGGCUAUCGGAAGCACAGAAACACCGAAAGCGGAACUCGCAGAAAUUUCAAAAAUUGAAAAAGAGCAAUUAGAGGUCGUUCAUUUGGAUGAACCAAAGGAGGCUAAAACAAUGAAACCUAAUGAAAUUACACCUCAGGUGGGCGAAGUCUCCGAAGUAACUCCAGGAUCUAUCGAGCAAAAGGAAACGAUUGUGCCUAAGAGUAUUGAAACCGCGAAGAUACCGGAAGCGGAAGUUGCUACACUUUCAAAAGUUGAAGAAGAGAAAUUAGAGAUUACCUCUCCUGAUCAGUCCAAGGAAGUAAAGGAAUUGAAACUUGAAGAAACCGUGCCUCAGAUAGGCGAAAUUUCGAAAGUAACUAAAGAAAAUAUCGAGCAAAAGGAAAUAGUUUCUCAUAAGGGUAUCGGAAGCACAGAAACAUCGAAAUCGGAAGUCGCAGAAAUUUCAAAAGCUAAAAAAGAUAAAUUGGACAUCGUUUUGGCUGAACAACCGAAGGAAGCUAAAGAGCUGAAAGAUGAGAAGACUAAGAUUCAGACAGAAGUCGCGGCACUUUCAAAAAUUGAGAAGGAGAAAUUAGAGAAGGAAAUUAAGGAGCUAAAACCUGAUGAAGGUACACCUGACGUAGCCGAAAUUUCCAAAUUAACUAAAGAAAAUAUCGAGCAAGAGAUAGCUGUUUCUCCUGAAGAUAUGGGUGGCGUAGAAAAACCGAAAGCGAAGGCGACGAAAAUUUCUAAGAAACGGAAGGGAUCUAAGGAGUUGAAAGCUAAAAAGGCUGAAAUUCAGGCAGCUGAAGUUACUGAAGCAUCUGCAGAAAAUAAACAACAAAAAGAAAUGGAUAACAGCAGGAAAAUUGAAACGACGGAAACACCGAAGCCGGAUACCUCAGGAGUUUCAAAAAUCAGUAAAGAGAAAUCAGAGAUUGUUCAUUUGGAUGAGCCGAAGGAAAUUGUUUCUUCUGAUCAAUCGGAGCAAAUUGAGGCAUUAAAACUUAAAAAAGAUGAACCCCAGAUAGGUGAAGUGUCUGAAAAAACGAGGGAAAGUAUCGAGCAAACGAAAUCUGUUGCUGCCGUUGUCAUUGGAAACGUAGAAGCACCCCAAUCGAACUUAGGAGAAUUGUCAAAAACUGAAAAGCAGAUUGUUGCUUCUGAUCAUCCGAAAAAAGCUAUGGAAUCGACACCUGAUAAAAGCAUGCUUCAAGUAGAAGAAGCCCAAGGUACUAAGCAAAGGGAAAUGGAUACUGUCAAAGGCAUCAAAAGUGCAGUAGCACCAACAACCGAAGUUACAAAAGUUUCGAGAGGUGAGAAAGAGAAAUUAGAAAUCGCUCCUUCUGAUCAAUCGAAGGAAGUUAAGGAAUUGAAACGCGAUGAUUUCAUACCUGAGGUGGACGUUUCACAUCUAACUAAAGAGUGUAUCGAUGAAAAGGGAACGCUUGCCCCCAAGAGUAACAAAAGCGCAGAAGUUCUAAAACCAAAUGUUGCAGAAGUUCCAAAAAUUGAAAAAGAGCAAUUUGAGAUUGGUCCUUCUGACCAACCCAAGGAAGUUAAAGAAUUGCAUCGAGAGAAAACUAUAACUCAGGCAGGAAAAGUAUCUGAAGUAGCUAAAGAAAAUAGUGAGCAAAAACACGUAGAUUCCAUCAAGAGUAUUGGAACGGACGUCGUAGAAAUUUCAAAAGUUGAUAAAAAUAAAGUAGAGAUUGCUCCUACUGAUCAGGCAAAGGAAUCUAAGAAAAUAACUCCUAAGGCUAAGUCUAAGUCAGGCAAAAUCACUGAAGUAACACAACAGACGGAAAAGGAUGCAGAGGUCACAAACAUUGAACUUGAAGACUCUGGAACUGAAGCGAGUAAAGUAUUGAAGAGCAAUGAAGUUGAAAGAAAGAAAAAAAUUAAUAAGAUUAAUGGAGUGGAGGAGAUCAGUGGAGAAGAAAAGCAGAAGUAUUCGGAUAGGAAGGAAUCGCUAGCAGAAAAAACCGCGGUGCAUUUAAAAAAGGAUGACGAUAAAUGCACGGAAGCUGUGAAAGAUGAAGAAAACACAAAUCAAGCUGUUAAUGUUACUACAGACAAAACAGAUCAAUUCAGAAAGGAAAUAUCUGAAAACCUAGAAAUAUCUGAAAAACCAAAAGAAGGUAAGCGCAAAAAAGCUAAAGCAAACAAAAUUACGGAAAAACAUGAAUUAGGAAAAGUUGAUUUACAAGAAACCAAACAGCAACAUUUUGAGUCUUCUGAUGUUGUAACUAAAGAUACUGGCGAAAUGGCAUCUGAUAAGUCGAAAAUCAUUAAAGGCACAGAUGGGGAGAUGCAGGAGGAUAAAAGAAACAUUCUAGAAGGCAGCACAGAAACACUUGAAGCGGUGGAGCCAGACCAAACAAUUGGAAUAACAGAUACGCAACGGUCCCAAGAAAUGAUGGAACCAGCAGUAAAGGAACCAGAAGCGAUGCCAGUGAAAGAUAAAAAGCUCAAAAAGAAAAAUAUCGGAACUGUAGAUGAGACCAAAUCUGCAACGCGAUCAGAGGCAGGAAAAACUUCAGAAAAGCAAGGAAAAGAAAUUGAAACAAGCCAUGGCGAUGUGCACAUAUCAACGGUGAAGGCAAGUAAAUCAGAUGGAAAGAAAGCAAAAGGACAGAAGGCCACUGACAAUACUACCGAAAGUAAUCUCACCGACAGAAGAAAGUCCGAAGAUUUGAAGAGCAAAUCAGAUAAAAGAUCAAGUGCAGAGAACGAAGAACCUCGGAUAUCUGAUGAACCCAGCAGUGCAGAUGUGAUAUCUAUACCUUCCAAACUCCAGCGAGUCCACAAUCUUCACCCAACUUUCAACGUGUCUCUCAUAAAUCAAACCAUCAGUCUUGGAUCUCCAGCCAAACUAACAUGUAACACAUUGGGGAACUACACUUCUGUUGAUUGGUAUAAAAACGGAGAACGGAUUUCCGGAGUCUCUGAAAACUACUAUAUUCAGGAUAAAGAUGGCCUGUUGAGUUUGGAAAUUAAAAAAGCGACAAUUGACGACUCCGGCGAUUAUAAGUGUGUAGUGUCUUAUAACAAGGACUUCAUUGCAACGGACUGCAGAAUAUCAGUAUUUGAUCCUGCUGAACUCGAGAUGUUAGUAACAAAACCUGUUUUCACGACAGGCAUACGAGUCGCAGAUUUAUCUUGCCAGAAGGCAGUCGAACGACAGUUAAUUCGAAGUAAAUCCAAAGAAAAUUUUAUCGAAAACGUUGAAAUGGUCGAAACGGAUGGAGACCCGCAGCCAGCUGGAGAAACGCAACCUUCACCAGGUCCAGAGGAGAGACCCUCCCAGGACAGAGACACACUGCAAGUGCCUACUGGAAAAAGGCGUCGAAUAAAGUCACCAACGCCCGGAAGCAUUCGCGGUCGCAGCAUGACUCCAGUGCGCGGGAGAAGUCGAACUCCAUUUACACUGUACAUGGAACGUCGAAGUGCCACUCCUUCAACCUGGCGGAGUAUCACGCCUUUCCUGAAACGUGAAUCGCGUGAAAAGACACCCUUCGAGCUUGGAACGAGUAUCAAAACGCAGCUCGAUUGUAAUAAAGCGGUUUUCGACAAGGCCUUAAUUAUGGACAUAACCGAGCCUGAAGUGGAGCCCGCACGAUACAUAACUACUGACUUAUCAGUUAUUGAUCGGGCAGCAGUAAUGGAUGUUUCCAAUGUCGAAGUAAUUUAUGUAGUUGAAGAGUACGAAGAAUCCGAAUAUACUGAAGAAGAAGAAAAAGAAGAAGACCAAGAAAAGAAGAAAAAGAAAAAGAAGAAAGACAAGGAACCUAAACAGAAGAAAAAGCCCGAGAAGAAGCCUGAGAAAAAGCCUGAGAAGAAGCAAGACAAAAAAGAGAGGGAAAGGUCACCUUCUCCAAAGUUAUCAUUAAAGUUGGAAAUAGGAGGCGGUCCGAAAAUGAGCAAGAAGAUGUUUGAACAAUCGGCCAAAGCACCCACACCACCACCACCAAAGCAGAAAGCAAAGCCUCCUCCAAAGAAAACCAAAAGCAAACUUGUCCAACAAAUGGAACAACAAGCGAAAGAAGCUGCAAAGGCGGCAGAAGAGGCGAAGAAGAAAGAACAAGAGAAGCCAAAACGAGAAACCUAUGAAGAAAGACAGAAACGAUUGAAAGCUGAAAAGGAAGCUGAAGAAAACCUUCGUGCGGCGCAGGAGGCAUUAAGAAAGGCUCAGGAGGAAGAACGUUUACGUCGCGAAGCGGAGGAAAAAGCUGCCCGGGAAGCAGAGAAACGGUCGCGCCAAGGGGAUAGUGAGGAUCGGUCGCGCCAGGGGGAUGAUGAAGACCAGUCGCGCCAGGGUGAUGAUGAAGACCGGUCGCGCCUUGGGGAUGACGACGAUAGAUCGCGCCUUGGAGACGACGAGGAAGAUGAGGAGGAGGAAGGCGGCAGUGACGAAGACGAAGAUGAGAGUGAAGACGAGGAAGCCGGAGAAGGAAGCACAGCUAUGGAGGAAACUGAACGUGAUGAAUCCAUCGUAGAAUCCAUUAGUCGACCAGAGUCGCAAAUGAAAGUCGAAGACAGUAGACGAGGUAGUGGUUCGUCAGCAAACAGCUACGUUCGUGUUGACCCUGAAGAAGAAGCUCGCUGGCAGAAAAUUGCAGAAGAAGAAGGACAAGAGUUCAUGCUCAGAAUGCGAAAAGCAAGCGAAAUUAAAGCGAGGAGCGAGAAGGAGCGUGAUGCCGACUGGCAAAAGCACCGCGAAGCAGCUCGUUUGCCAUCCUUUAUCAAUUUCCUUACUGAUAGGGCCUCAGAAGUUGAACACAAUGUCCGCCUAGCAUGCGCUGUUGAUGGACCGGAUUUGUCUGUUAAAUGGUUCAAAGACGGAAAACAAGUAGAACGUGAUGCGCGUCAUCGCAUCAAUAACAAUAAUAAUAUACUUUCGCUGGAAAUAGUUAACUGCACAACUGCCGACUCUGGUGAAUACGCAUGUACAAUCUCCAAUCACAAUGACGAAGUUACUUCCUCUUGCAUCGUUACGAUUUAUGAAGUUUACAAGGAUGAACCCAGGCCUCCAUCAUUCAGUUUAAUCAGAGAUUUUUACCAUCUUCAUGAUGAUGAACUCACGAUUGAAUGUCACGUCACCGGUAUUCCUCGGCCACGCAUCUCAUGGAUCAGAGAUGCAGUUGAGCUUACAUCUAACUUCAAAUAUACAAUGCUGGAGGAAGCUCAUGGUGUAUGCAAACUGAUGAUCUAUCGACCUUCGAGUAAAGACAGUGGCAAAUACAUUUGUAAGGCUACAAACGACAGUGGCGAAGUGGAGGUGGCUCAUAAUGUAGAGUUUGUGAAAGAGAGGAAGUACCACGUCCAUGGCGUAUUCCAUGCCCAUGGUGAGAUACAAAAAGAAAAAGAGGAACAAGCUCGUCGGGCCAUGGAAGAAGCGAUGAAAUCGAAACAAGAGUAUGACAAAAAGCGAGGAGGCGAAGGGGGUGAAAGGCGUAUACGUUCAUCGGUGGAGGAACCUGUCGCAACGAAAAAUAAACUGAAAUUCGCUUCUCAGCUGAGGGAUAGAAUUGCACUGGAGAAAGCCAAGGUGAAGUUGGCGUGCAACAUCAUAGGACCAAAUCCGAACGUAAGAUGGAUGAAGGACGACGGACCGUUGGUAUGGGGACCUAAAAUUCGGAAUUUGUCUUCUGAAAAUGUAGCUAGCAUUGAAUUAACGGAAGUUACAUCAGAGAAUUCAGGUGUAUAUAAAUGUAUAGCGAAGAAUGAGUACAGUGAAAUCGAGACGUCAUGCUAUUUGAAAGUUUACAGCGCACAAUCUGAAGGUGACGAGCAAGCGCCGAUGUUUGUUCUUCCAAUGAGAGAUAUUUACCAUUCAUCUGAAAACGACUUGGUGAUCGAUACAAAGGUUCGAGGCAAUCCACGGCCAAAAAUUUCAUGGCUGAAAGACGAUCUGCCAAUUGAAAACGAUGGGCGAAUUCAACAGAUUGAACAUUUAGAUGGUGUUUGCGAGUUGAUAAUUAACAAACCAUCACCGAAAGAUAACGGAAAAUAUAGUUGUGUGGCCGAAAAUAAACUCGGCUUGCAAAAGACAAAACAUUCAGUAUUAGUUGAAGCACUCCCGUCGUCUAGACGUUCAAGCGGAAGCAUGGGUGUUCCUGAUGAGAAAGAAUCAAAAGUGAAAAAGGGCGCAGGUGGUUCUGAACAACCAGGAAAACCUCCGGUCAAAGGACAAAAGAAGAAACCUGAAUCAGCAGGAGAAGGUGGACGGCGCAGACACGACAGCCCCGAAGUUUCCCCCAAAAAUAAAAUAUAUUUUGCGGCAUUCUUGAGCAAUCGCUACUUAGCUGAAGGCUCAAAGGUUAAAUUAUCGGCCGUCAUUGUUGGACCCGAUCCUCAAAUUAAAUGGCUAAAGGAUGAUAACAAUGUACCGUAUGGACCACGAAUUCGAAACUUAUCCAGAGAGGGUUUGGCAAUUUUGGAAAUCUCAAAUGCCCAACUUGGAGACUCGGGAGUGUAUACUGUCGUAGCUCGGAAUUCAGCAAACGAAGUAUCCUCACAAGCACUUCUUCAUAUUUAUGAAGCGAAAGUCAGCGCUGACUUGGAACCAAUGUUCACACGAGCCCUCAAAGAUACUUAUCACUUAAACACGAACGAGUUAAUUUUAGAAUCACACGUCCGUGGUGAGCCUGCUCCGACUGUUGCUUGGGUCAAGGAUGGUGUUGAAUUGCAGAACGGUGAAAAAUACCAGAUAGUCAAUUCUCAAGAUGGAACUUGUGAACUAAUUAUUGACAAGCCAACAAAUAAAGAUUCAGGCAAAUAUGUCUGUCAAGCGGAAAAUAGGGUUGGAAAAGCAGAGAUUAGCCAUUUCGUUUUAUUCGAAGGCAAGGAUUCGCAUAUUGCUGAAAAUAUUCAUGGUGUUUUUCAUGCGGAUCCUCAGCUGUUGAAAAAGGGCAAAGAAAUAAUUCAAGAUGGUGUUGAACCCAAAGCAAAAGCUGAUGAAGGAGAAGCGGAUAAAGGAAAGGGCAAAGGCAAGCCGAAAGCAGCGAAAAGUAAACCAUCAGCACCUGAAACUACAACAGUCGAUAGCAAGCCCAGCAAGGAAGAAAAACGUGAAAAGAAAGUUGGUAUCUACUUUUCAGCGAAUUUAACUGACCGCGUCGUUGCCGAAGGUUCCAAGGUUAAAUUGACUUGUUACGUGGAGGGACCCCAACCGGCAGUGAGGUGGCUAAAGAACGAACAACCUGUACAAUAUGGACCGAAAGUGCGACAGAACUACCGGGAAGGACUAUGUACAUUAGAAUUACUCAGUGCUAGUCAAGCAGAUUCUGGGCAGUAUCAAUGUUAUGCGAAAAACAAUUAUGGAGAGGCUAGUUCCGAGUGCAAGCUGACAGUGUAUGCCAAUCCCGGCACUGCAGAUGUUCCGCCUACUUUCACGCGAGCAAUUAAAGAUACAUACCAUGGUAAAAUCAACGAACUCGUUCUUGACUGCCAUGUGAGGGGAUUACCAACACCCAGCAUCACUUGGGUCAAAGACGGAGUGAAGAUAGAACCGAGUGAUAAAUAUCAACAAAUAGACCAUGCAGAUGGCACUUGCGAGCUAGUUAUUAGUGAUCCUAUACCUUAUGACAGUGGAAAGUAUGUGUGUCAGGCGGAGAAUCGUGUUUCUAAGUCUGAAAUAGUACACGUUGUUCAGCUUCAAGCUAGAGACAUACGUCCCACCUCCCCUUCCCGUGAGGUAGGUCGAAAAGAAGAAGCGACAGAAGCAAGCAAACCGGCUGAGAAAAAAGAUGAGAAAAAAACGAAAGCUCCAAAGGAGAAGAAAGCAGCGGGUGAAGGAGGAGGCCGUCGUUCGGCAGCUAUACCACUUCCAGACCCUAAAAGAUGUCUUUAUUUUGGAAAUUUUCUUAGCAAUAGAACUGUCUCGGAAGGGUCUUCUCUUCGUAUGACUGUGUUUAUCGGAGGGCCUGAUCCUCAAGUUCGUUGGUUCAAGAACGACCAAGUGGUUGUUUAUGGCCCCAAAUCGAAAUCUUCCUGUCAAGAUGGUCUUGCGACUCUUGUUUUGAGCAAUUUGAAUCCCGACGAUAGUGGCGAGUACAAGUUGAUUGCUAAAAAUAGCGAAAACGAAAUAUCGACCUUGUGUACAGUUACAGUUUAUCGAAAAGCGAAAGAGGAUAAAGUAGCACCUGUAUUUACUGUAGGCAUAAAAGACACUUAUUCUUUGAACGAAGAUCAAUUAGUGCUGGACUGCAGAGUUCGCGGUAAUCCAAGGCCAGAAAUAUCUUGGAUGAAAGACACUGACAUGAUUACCAACGAUGAGAAAUAUCAGCAAUUUGAUCAGGGCGACGGCUAUUGCAAGCUGAUUGUUAGAAGCCCUACUGAAAAAGACAGCGGCGCGUACAUCUGUAAGGCAGAGAAUGCUGUUGGCACCGACAAAAUGUCACAUGUGGUAGAAUUUAAAGGCCGAGAGCGUUUUAUUUUGGAAAAGGCUCAUGGUUUCUUCCAUCGUGAUCCUAAUAAGCCACACCUUACUAACAUACUUGGGGAUCACAUGGUACCUGCCGGUGGAACUCUUGCUCUUCAAGCAGAAUUCGGACCGACCCCUAGCCCCGUAGAAGUACAAUGGCUCAAGAAUAAAUCUCUGCUCCCGGCAGCACCUAAUGUUCGCACGUUUGUCGAUCGUGGUGUAUUCACUCUGGCCAUUGAAAAGGCCACGAAAGAGGAUUCAGGCACGUACACUUGCCGUGCUUCAAACGCUUUCGGUCGGCUCGAGUCAAACGCAAAUGUGCACAUUGUUGCGCCGGUUGUCAAAGGUGGAAAACCAGCACUGUUUCUAUCCAGGCCUGAGAACGAAAUGAAAAUUGCUGUCCACGAUCCGUUUUCUAUUUCAUUUAGAGUUCAAGGCGAUCCAAAACCAAAAUUGACACUUAUGAAGGGAACGAAAGACAUUACAAAGUCUGAACGCGUCAGCAAAGAGGCUCAAGAGGAUUAUAUUCGCUUCACAGUGCAUAAUUCAACAAUAUCUGAUUCAGGGACAUACUUUGUCGUUGCACGCAACCAACAUGCAACUGAUCGUCUUUUCGUCACUGUUACGGUUAAAAUUCCGAAGAAAUAAUUAAAUGCAUAUUUGGCUGUUAACAGGUUAUGCUUCGUGCUCGAUCCGAAACACCUACAUUUCCACCCUUAUGCCAACCAGUAGAGAACUACCGAUAUUUCAAAAGCUACAAUCACUUGACGGAUUGUUUCCAAAUCUUCAAAUCUAAAUUAAAUUCCUUCAUAUUCCGUGGCUUUGUUACCUAAAUAUUGAUAAUUGGUUAGAUUACUUUCACUUUUAGCAGCACCUCAAUUUUUCAUUAUUGAGACAAAUUAAUCCAGGAGAAAAAGGCUUCUCAGAGGACGAAGUCAAAAAUACAAUAUUCUGUUGCAGCACCAUUCACGACGUUUAUAGUGAAUUCUACAUUUAUCUUCCGACUACUUGAAAAAUAAAAUAAAUAAUGUUGUUUACGAUUAAUAAAAAUUAAAAUAUUUGACUAGAAAUGUAA